CAUUAAAUGCAGUUUUCUUUUUCAUAAUAAUUCUAAGUCACAAAACUGUAAUUUUAAGCUAAUUUCAUCAGGUAGUACAACAAUUAACACGUCAUAUUUACCCGCUCAAUGAAGCAUUGCAAUUCACGCGUCCUGUCUGUCGUCAUCCAUUCGUUGUUUAUUGUUGGCGCAACCUAAAAGCAGCAUGAUUCUUUAUUAGGCGUUUUAUCGCACGAAAUUAAACCCGUUUCAUUGUAAAUUAGUGUGCACGGUAGCAAAGCUACUCCCCGUCCAGUGCGUGCAACCAACCGAAACCGAAAAAGACCACCGGACACAUUACAUAACAUGGGAGGCGGAACGUCCAGGGCAGAACCGUCCCAGGAAGGUCGCCGGGAGCCGGAUUUUACCCGCUUCAAGGCACGGGUGGACCGGGUGUACAUAGCAGGGCUGCAGCGGACGCACGACGACUACGUACAGCGGGCGGCACGUCACCUGUUCAAGGCGCAAAACUUUCAGGACGUUAUCGUGGAGACGGCAAACGUCAAGGAUGAUCUGCUCCGAUUAGGCAUCUACAAGAACCUGCGCAUCUCGAUCGAUACGAGCAAGGGCGAGGGAGCGUCCAAGAACGGGUACACGGUCACGUUCACGGGCGAGGAGCUGUCCCGCAUCACUGGCAACGUUGGUGUGGAGGUUGGCCAAAACGAUGGAGCUGCUACCACCGAAUUGGUCACGCCGAACCUGUUUGGACGUGGCGAACGGCUCAGCUUAAACCUAAGCCGCAGCUACGUGCGCAACAGUGUGGUGAAUAUUAAGCUCACCAAACCCUUCUACCAUACGGCCGUGGGCGAUUAUGAGCCAGAAACCUCCAUCACCGUGUUCCGGAAUGCAUCGCCCCAUCCCUGGUCCAAGUAUCGGCUCGAGGACAACGGUGCGCUGCUCGACUUUUCCUUCGCCAUCCCGUCGCUCGGCUUCAGCAACAGCCUCCAGUACGAGCUGGGCAUGAAGGAGCUGUUUGCGCUCGACAAGCAGACGCCGUUCUUCGUGCGCGAACAUUGCGGACCCCGGCUAGUGUCUACCUUCCGCUACAUUGGCCAGUACGAGGGUCGGGACGAUAGCGUGUUUCCGUCGAGCGGCGUGUACGCAAAGGGCACGGCCGAGCUGAUCGGCAGCCGCCUGUCCCAGCUCGGCAUCGUACGGCAGGAGCUGCAUGCCGAGCUGAACGUGCCACUGUUUCUCGGCGCCUCGGUGCAGCUGUGCGGUCGGAUCGGUGCGAUACUGCAGGACAAGCGCAAGGAAUCGCUACCGAUCAAUCAACUGUUUUUCCCCGGCGGUCCGCAAACGUUGCGCGGCUUCGAGCUGGCCGGUGCUUGCCCGCGGCGCGACGGCAUUGCGGCCGGCUGUCGAUCGUACUGGGCGACGGGGCUGCAUCUGUGGAGCCCGCUACCCUUCAACCAGUACUUUGGCGGGUUCGGUAAUCUGUUCCGGACGCAUGCGUUCUACAAUAUCGGCACGUGCGAUACUUAUACCACGGACAAACUGCGCAGCACGGCAGGAAUCGGCAUCGCGUUCCGCAUGGGCCAGAAGGCGCGCAUCGAGUUCAACUACUGCCAGCCGCUCUCGUACGAGGCGGGCGAUCGGGUAGUGAAAGGGUUCCAGUUUGGCAUCGGUUACGAGUUUGUCUAGAAAGUGUUCAAACGUUUUCUCUCGAACCACUCGUACCUCUCGUGCUACUACUCCGCCUUUUGGUUUCGAAACCACCCAGAUCCACACUAGCUUUCCGUGAACAUCCGUUCCGUUCUGUUUCCACGUUCCUUUUCCAGCCAAACUCCUACUGCUCCCACCUGCUUCUUGUUCUUGUGCAUUUGCUUUUCUGUUUUCUUACGUAUUUUAACGCAUUUUCACCCGUGUUUGCGUACUCGGACACUAGCUGCUAGCAAACGAAACGUACCACAACCUCACGAGUCAGUAUGUUUAAGUUAUGACGCGACGAGCAGUGCAUAGAUAAUAUAAAAAAAGGAAAUAUAAUGAAUCAAAAUGAAGCAAGAUGCGUCCUAGGGGGAUGGCUUGAGGGCCUUGAUUUUAAGAAAGAAACUAUAAAAAAAGACAGAGGACUAUUUCGCAAACUCUCUGUAAUUUACAUAUACCACGUGUUUUGCAUUUCAAUCCUAAUUCAUCACUUUGCAUUUUAUUAAUUAUGAUACUUUUAUUAUGUUCACUUUUAUUUGUUCCUCCUCCCUCGUUUUGUCUUGGUUUAGAGCGUUAGAAGAGAAUUUUGAAAAUGUUAUACUUAUAGGUACACGAACCACGCGCCCUCCCAAACCUUCGAGUGUGUUCCCCCGUGGUGUAAAUUUCUGUUGUAGUGUUGUUGCAAGUGUAAAACUGUGCUAAUCUUAUAAGAGGAACACUCUUGACGAUUUAAAACACAAACACACACACGCACACUCAUACAUAGAAACAGAAUCUAGUUUGAAUGCUGCAAACGCCGCAACCGAUCUUUACGCAUUUUGCCCGCUUAAUAAUGUCUUGUAGGGAGCGGACACGAACGCUAACGAAAAGUUCACAUCAUCGGAGAACAAUAAUGAACAAAAAUUAAAAAAAAAACUCGUCCCUGCCAUGCCCUGCACUCACACAGUCACACUAUCCUCUACUUUGUACAACGUUGCAACGAUACCGUUAGGAGACGCGAAGCGUAAAAUGCGUGCGCCUUGUGUUUUCAGCGGGAAAUGUACAGCGGUACCCUUAAAUUAGUUAGUUACACAUAAAUUACGCACUAAAUUGCAUACGUGGGUGGUUUUGCGUGGUGCGGGUCUCCUCGUGCCCGUUUUUCUUCUUUUCAUUUUUCUGUUUUGAUUGGCAUAUCCAACAACAUUCCAUUUCCGGUUGCAGCUCUAUCAUUACACACGGGCGAUCCGUCCCCAGUACGUUAUGCCCCAAGUGUGUUGGCAUGUGUGUUUUUGUGUGUGUGUGACGAUCACUUUUAAUUGUUAGUAGCAAAAAAAAAGGGAGAAAAGAAACAAAUAAGCAAAGAACACAAUUUACCAUCAUAAGCUAUAGCCAAACGUUAAAUAUCCUAAAGAGAGA